AUAAACAUGCACACACUCAUUCGCAUACAAAAACAUUUCUGCUGUUAUGUUUGUUCGUUACUGCCAUAUAGUAGAGAAUGGUGAUUAUGAUUCACCAUCAUCACCAUCAUUAAAAUGAGAAAUUGAGAAAAGCUCUUCGUCGUAGCCAAAGUGAACUUUAAAAGAAAUAACCAAACACACACACACAAACGUAUUCGAAAGAAUUGGAAAAAAGCAAAAAAGUGAGAGCACUAGAGCACCAUUCACCGUAGCUUUUGGAGAGUAAUAAAUAUAUACAAUCAUAUUAUGGCUCUUCACACGAAAGUUGAAACAAUAACGAUGAAGGAAAACCAACAACAACAACAACACCAAUAACAACAUUUAAAUUCUCCAUACACAAUACACAAACAUAGAGUGUGUGUUUUAGGUUGGAAAAGAUCACAUUGAAAGAAGGAGAAAAUAAAACGUAUCUAGUACAAUUGCAUUGAAAAAAGAGAUGGUGAACACAACAACAGCAACAAAAAUAUGAAACCAACCAAACUAACUGACUGAACUGAACUGAAAAAUAAAAGCUAAGUAUGAAGUUUUACUGCAGUUGUGUUUUAGACCACGAAAUGUGUUUACUUAAAAGUUUCGGCACAGUAAGAAAAGUGAUAUUUAAGCAAGCAGAUCGGAAAACCUGUUGGGUGUUGGAAAGUGUUAUUUCUUGAUUUUUCUUUUUUUUUAUUUGUUGUAUUUUUUUGUUUGUUUGUCUUGUCUUGUUCAUUAAAGUGAGUGGAAUUUAUUGCGCUCCCCCCAUGUUGUUUCACAAUAAAACAAUAAAAGUGAUUUGAGGACACAUACAAAUUAGUGGUAUGCAGCAAUAAUUAUAAAGAAAGAAAGAAAAAAUAUAUUGAAAACAAAACAAAAGAAAUAAUAAAAUAAAAAUUAAAUUACAAAAAAAUAUUAUAAACGAUCUGUAUGUGAUCAAUCUAAAUGGAAUUAAUAAAUAAAGGAACAUUUCAUGUAAAAGUGUGACCGAUCAGUGUGAACGUUUGCACAAUAACAAAAAAUAUAUAGUACCCUACAUACACAUAGAAAAAAAUUACAAUAAAAAAAGCCAACAAGAAAUUAAGAAAGUGUACAAAAAGAUAUUAAUUAUAAUUAAAAUAGCUAUAAUAAAAUAAAGUUACAAAAUACCUACAAAAAAAAAACAAGUGAAACAACAAUAGCAACAACUUUUCAAGGAAUAUUACUCUUUUUUGCGUUUUGGGCAGCAGCAACAACAAAAACCAUUGUAAAUGAAAGAGGUACCGAGAAUGUUGAUGUUGCAAUACAGCAAACAUGGCGAAUGUAUUCUUAAAGAAAUUGGAGCUGCAUUUCGUGGAGAACAUCCCGCUGAUUUGACAAUUGUCUGUGAGAACAAAGUGAAAUUACACGCUCACAAAUUGGUUUUGGCAGCAGCAAGUCCCUUGAUAAGAAACCUUCUGGAAGAUACUCAACUAUAUGACUGUAUGACGACAGUGUAUUUCCCGGAUGUAAAUGCCACAUAUUUCAAAUUCUUAUUGGACUUUUUGUACUCCGGCCAGACCUGCAUUACAUCACGAGAUGUCAAUUACUUACACGAUCUACUCCUGUUGUUACAGAUCAAAUCGGAUAACUGGAAGACAACUGAUACGACAUUGGCUGGCAGUGGUUGUGGUGGCACUGGUACCUGUUCAGAUAGCGCAAGUAAUCAAAUUAAUUCGAAUAGAAAACUUUCGGAUACAGUCGAAAGUCCCGAUUGUGAAAAGAAGCUUAAAAGUGAAAAUUGCAGCGAUAUAAAAAAGAGCCCUCCAUCAUCAUCCAGCUCCGAGAAAAACAUAUCCGAAGAAAAUGAAGACGACAACUUGAACAUUGACAGCGACAGCACAGCAGAUUUGAAUAAAAAUAAAGAUACAAAUGACAUAGACAGCCUUUCAGAUGCAAAUAACAUUAGUGGCCUGAAUCCGGUUAAUUUAUCUUUGGGUAUACGCACGAAAUCAGAGCACAGUAUGAAAAAUAUAUUCCGUGGCAAAAGCAGCUAUUCACCAGACUAUGAUUCACUCAAUAUUAUGGAAAGCGCCAAGCGCAAAACACUUUUCUCUGACUCAGCCAAGGAUUGUCUUAAACCACUUUCAGAUCACGGAGACCUAAACAGUUCGCCGGACAAUUACGUUGUAACGCCACAUCGAAAACGGCGACCCGGUUUCCAUUCCUCGCCCAGCCACAAGCCUUUCGUAUCAUAUCAACAAAAUCUGCUUGAUGAAUUCCGUUCAGCUAAAUCGUCCCUUUCGCCAAUGACCGGCUAUUUGCCGGAGAAAAACCUAUUACUGCCACUCGAAGAGAGCGUAAUCAACCCGUCUGACAUUUUGCCUCAAAAUCGAAAUUUACUAGAAAAAAACAUAUCCCGACAUGACAGCCCUGAAAAGACAGUACAACUGCCACCACAAUUGGUAUACCAAUGGCAAUCAACGCACAACUCGAAUAUGUCCUCAUUAUCUCAUCUACAACCUGGCCUAACAUCAAUUUCAGAGAUCAACCUGAGUCUCGAAGGCUCCAGCAAUCAAAACAGCCCCAACACAGGCCUAUGCAAUAACACGCAGAACUCAGUGCGAGAGUAUCGUUGCGAGUACUGCGGCAAACAGUUCGGCAUGUCCUGGAACUUGAAAACCCAUCUUAGAGUUCAUACCGGCGAGAAGCCCUUCGCCUGCCGUCUCUGCAUAGCGAUGUUCAAACAAAAGGCCCAUCUAUUAAAACACUUGUGUUCAGUUCAUAGAAACGUCAUCACCACAAAUGGCAACGACAAUGACACCCGCUAUUGUUGCUGCUUCUGUUCAAUGUAUUUCGAAUCAGUACAAGAGUUGGUCCGACAUUUGUCUGGCCACCAUAACAAUUUAUUGCUAGCAAAAAAUUUACGCGAUUAGUACUUUUACAAAAACAAACAAACAAAUAAAAAAUUGCUCUUAAAUAUACAUAUGUAU